AUUCCUGUGAAACUUAACUGAAUACAAUUAGCCAAUAAGCCUAACCUCUAUAAAAUAGUCGCGGCAGGUUCAAAACAUUAGUUUCUAUUUUUUUCUUUUAACUAUAAAUCUGUAUAUAUUGGUUCUGUACAUUUUAUUAAAAAUUUUGCUAUACAUACUGAAACCAUUUUUUCUUACAUAGAAAUACUUUUUAUUAGUUAAUGGGUCUAGAUUUUCCUUUGGUAUAUAUCUCCUAUUAAAACAAUUUCUUAAUACAACAUAGAUUUAUUGCCAAAACUAAAGUUGGUUAACAUUCAACUUACGUUCUCAAAUUUCUGACAAUAUUGGAUAAAUAUCUCAUUCAAUGUCUCGUGUUCAAGAUUUUGCUUGCAUAUUGAAAUCUUUGCAACUAAUAACUGAAGCUUGUGUGAAAUUACAAACAGAUAAUAUUAAAUUUGUAUGGACAAAUUCAAGUAUACGACCCACUUUGGAAAAUUGCAUUUCCAAUGGCAAAAAAUCUUCAAAAUUUGGUGGAACAGGUAUUCCUGAUAUAAAGGAUAGUAUAGAUCGUGUAGCUACAGUCUUUCAUGGAAUUAGAGUAUAUACAAACGUGGCCUUGGGCCAAGAAAAUGUAACAACACAAGAGAAUUCGAGAAUAUCACCAAUAAAAUCAACAACAGAAGAAAAACAUUUGAAAACCCAAGUUUUGGAGGAUCAUCAAAAAGUUUAUACAAUCGAAUUAACAGAAAGUGAUAAAGAACUUAUCAAAAGAUUAGAUAUGGAGCAUAGAGCAAAAUUAAUAAAAGAAAAAGAUAGAGAAGAAAAUAAGGUGGAAGUCCCAAUGAAAAAAGUAGAACAAUUACAAGAAAAACCAGCAGAAAGUAUAAAAAUUAAAUCUGUCCCUAAUCCAAAAUCUAAAUUAAAGUUGAGUGACAAUGCGAAGCAAAGAAAAGUACCUUCAUCAAGAAUUGGACGAAUGGUAUCAUUUGGCAGCUUAGCAGCUGGUUUAGGAAUUGGUACUGCCACUGAAUAUGCGAAACGCACCCUUGGCAUAGGAGAUUCUUCAACUGAAGCCUCCAAUCUUUUCAUGAGCAAAGCAAAUAUGGACAGAAUUGUUGAUACUUUAUGUAAAGUUAGAGGUGCUGCUUUAAAAUUAGGGCAAAUUUUAAGUAUACAGGAUGAUACUAUCAUCAAUCCAGAGUUAGCUAAAGCUUUGGAAAGAGUAAGGAAAUCUGCAGAUUUCAUGCCUGAUUGGCAGUUAGAACAGAUUAUGGUGGCUGAACUAGGUCCGAACUGGAGGAAAAAAUUUAGUAAUUUUGAAGAUACGCCAUUUGCUGCUGCUUCUAUAGGUCAAGUUCAUCAGGCAACAUUGAAAGAUGGAACCGAAGUAGCUAUUAAGAUUCAGUAUCCUGGAGUGGCAAAAGGCAUUGAGAGUGACAUUGAUAAUUUAGGGGCUAUCAUGAAGAUGUGGAAUGUUUUCCCAAAGGGGAUGUUUUUGGACAAUCUUAUGGUAGUUGCUAAAAGAGAAUUGGCCUGGGAAGUGAAUUAUAUAAGAGAAGCUAUAUGUACCAAGAAAUUUAAGGAAAUUUUAGAACCUUAUAAGGAUUAUUACGUACCAUGUGUUAUUGAUAGUUUGUCUACUAAACAAGUAUUUACAACAGAAUUAUUGGAUGGAAUUCCUCUUGAUCAAUGUUUUGAUUUGGAUAAGGAGCACAAAGAGUUUAUUGCUGAUAAAAUUAUGGAAUUGUGUCUAUUAGAAAUUUUGAAAUUCAGAUAUAUGCAAACAGAUCCAAAUUGGGCGAAUUUCUUGUAUAAUCCUUCAAAAAAGCAGCUACUUUUGUUGGAUUUUGGUGCUAGCCGUGAAUAUCCCAAGCCUUUUAUGCAACAGUAUAUAAAAAUACUUAAAGCUGCUUGUGAUGGAGAUAGAAUUACUGUUCUUAACGUUUCUCGAGAUCUAGGUUUCCUCACGGGUUAUGAAAGUGAGAUAAUGGAAAAUGCUCAUGUUGAUGCAGUGAUGAUAUUGGGGGAAAUUUUUCGAACAGAUGGUAAAUAUGACUUCAGCAAACAAGAUAUGACGCAGAGGAUUCAAGAUUUAGCGCAAACAAUGUUAGUUCAUCGACUCUGUCCACCACCAGAAGAAAUCUAUUCUUUACAUAGAAAACUUUCCGGUGUUUUCUUACUCUGUAGCAAACUGAAAGUGCAAUUAGAAUGCAGAGAAAAGUUUUUGAAUUUAUACGAAGAAUAUAUUCGGGAAAACGAAAUAGACGAUUCACAACCGAAAAUAAUAAAAAAUUCAUCCUAGUAACUGGGUUGUGUUUAAAACGAAAUAAUUUUAAUGUAUACAUAUAAAGAAUAAAAAUGAAUAACUAACGUUUCAUAAUUAAA